AUGGAGACGUAUAACGGGCAUGUCCGCACACCUGCGGACGCCAUCAUUUUAUUCGAAGCCUGCCGUAUCGGUCUUUUGCCUCGUGUUCAGAGAAGAUUAUCGGAGAAGGAACGGCAGUCGAUCAAAUCUGGCUCUGUUUUUGUCUGGGACGAGCGGGAAGCUGGAAUGAGAAGAUGGACGGAUGGAAAAUCAUGGAGCGCAAGUAGAGUAUCCGGAAGCUUCUUGACCUACAGAGAAAGGAAGGGAAAAGAGGAGGCGGACACGUUACCCAAGCGUCAAGGGCAGGGAAGACUCCUGAUAGCAACAGAGGGAGUGACGAAGAUGCUGGAGAUGGGAGAGGAAGGCCCGGAUGGAUAUCGAUACAAACCAGAUGGAUUGAUGAAACAGUCGUUCAGCAUCACAACCUCUACAGGACAGCAUCUACAUUUAAUAAGCUAUUAUGCACGAUCUCAUCCGACUGCUCCUGGUUUGAACCAGCCGUCCACUGACCCAGCUCUACGACAUAUCCGUCCACAGAAAGGGCUAUAUCCUGAAUCCAGCGUUAACGACCAACAGAAUCUGCCCGUUGUGACUCGUGGUCCCAUGCCUGCUCCCGCAUUUUCGGUAUCUCCUCACUCUCUUCCCUAUGCUCGUUCAGGUCCUCCGCAUCCCCAAUCAUAUGCUCCUCAGUAUAGUUGGCCACCACCUCCAAUCACAAGCGCACCACAUGCUCCUGUCAUGCCGUACCCUGCGUAUUUACCCCCUCUCGCAGGUGCCGAUGGACAUCCACCUGUUCCAUACGGCCCACAUCCUCAUGCUCCACCUUCUCAUCCUCAACUCCCCGCCCCAUAUGAAAGACCCGUACACCCCGCCGAUGCUACGCUUCCCCCUCCCGUACAAACCCACCCAGGUCCCGUUGGCGGACAAGGGGUACCGUUUUACAACCCUGGUCGGUCCCCAAGAUCACAGCCGCUGAUUAUGAUGGGACCUCCAAGAAUGGGCUCUCCUGGCCAACCACAUGGACACCCCCAGGCAAAUGGUAUCCAGCAUAAACAUGUCCCCAGCCACCCUCCGAUGAAAAACAUACCUCCUACCAUUAAAAACAACCACGCGAGCAGUAACGGCAGCGGACCAUCUUCAUCUACCACAACCGUCCCGAGCAUCAAUUCACUCAUGAAUGGGCCACCUCCCUCACCGCCAUUCCAUUCCGCGGGGAGCUUAUCGAGUAUCAUCGAUGGACCAAUAACACCGGGCAAGCUGAAUGGCACUAGCCGCAGAAGUCCAAACCCCGUCAGGGGCUCAGACGAUGGACCCAAGGAUAUUCCAAGCGAAAAAAUCGGAUUCGGAGAAGAUAUGAGAGCCCUACGGCAGCUUGAUAAAGUUUUCACAGCAUGA